AUGGAUUUCAGAGACGACGAGGAAGCGCCGUUGGUAACAGGCGAGGGUCGGAAGGUGAGACCUGGAAAGAGCUAUACAAGGGAUGUUCAUAUCCUCAGCAUCUCCUUCUUGUUAAUCUUCCUCGCCUAUGGUGCUGCUCAGAAUCUCGAAACUACCGUUAAUAAGGAUUUGGGAACAAUCUCUCUAGGGAUAUUGUAUGUGUCCUUCAUGUUUUGCUCCAUGGUUGCAUCUUUGGUUGUCCGGUUAAUGGGAUCAAAGAAUGCUCUGGUUUUAGGAACUACAGGGUAUUGGCUCUUUGUCGCUGCGAAUCUGAAGCCAUCAUGGUUUACUAUGGUACCAGCCUCUUUAUACCUUGGAUUUACAGCUUCAAUAAUAUGGGUUGGCCAGGGAACAUACCUUACAUCAAUUGCUAGAAGACAUGCUAAAGAUCAUGACGUGCAUGAAGGAUCCGUAAUCGGUGUUUUCAAUGGGGAAUUUUGGGCUAUGUUUGCCUGCCACCAGCUGUUUGGGAAUCUCAUCACACUUGCAUUGCUGAAAGAUGGAAAGGAAGGAAGCACCAGUGGCACAACCUUAUUGAUGUUGGUGUUUCUCUUCAGUAUGACAUUAGGAACAAUAUUAAUGUUCUUCAUUCGUAAAAUUGACGGAGAAGAAGGAAAAGAACAUGUGGGUUCUUCUGUGGGCGUAGUUGAUACCUUGGCUUCUCUUCCAAGGAUGAUAAUCACUCCUUUGCUUGACAUACGGAUGCUACUGAUUGUCCCACUCCUUGCGUAUUCAGGAUUGCAACAAGCAUUUGUUUGGGCUGAGUUUACAAAGGAAGUUGUUACACCUGCCAUUGGUGUCUCAGGUGUUGGUGGGGCUAUGGCAGUCUACGGAGCUCUUGAUGCAAUUUGUUCAAUGACUGCUGGACGGUUUACCUCUGGUCUGUCAUCAAUCACCUUCAUAGUUUCUGGUGGAGCUGUUGCUCAAGCUUCUGUAUUUCUCUGGCUUCUUCUUGGGUACAGGCAAACUAGUGGAGUACUUGGCACAGCUUACCCUCUUAUAAUGGCGGCGCUAUUAGGAAUUGGUGACGGGAUAUUAAACACUCAAAUCAGCGCUCUUCUCGCAUUACUCUUCAAACAUGACACAGAAGGAGCGUUUGCGCAGCUAAAAGUAUGGCAGAGCGCAGCGAUAGCGAUUGUGUUCUUCCUAAGCCCGUACAUAUCACUGCAAGCAAUGCUCAUAGUAAUGCUUGCUAUGGUCUGUUUUUCACUCCUCUCUUUCUUGUUUUUAGCUCUUAAGGUCGAGAAGGUAUUUACACGCGACGAAUAA